GUCCACCAGAAUUAAGCUUAAAGAAUGGCAGUUUGAAUUCAUUUGGUCACUGGGUUGUCACCGAAGGAGUACAAACCACUCUUGAAGUUUCCACUAAUGAUGAGGAUAAUGAUGAAGUCCUAAUUGAAAUUUUAGCCAAUUCUGGUGAUGCAAAUGUUAAAAAUAAGAGUAUUAUCUACACACCUAAUAUCAAAACGCCCUUAAAACUAGGGUAAGUUAAAAAAAUAUUUUUUUUAAAAGAUUUUAUAAAUCUUAUUCAAAUAUUUGAUUUGAUUUGUUUUAAUAUCUUUUUUGUGCACAAUUAACUUUAUAUUAAAACUGUAAUAAAAGAGAAAAAAAAUGGAAUUAAGACCAUUUGGAAAUUCUUAAUAUUUUUUACCAUGUACCAUUUAACUCCAGAAACUCUAGUAAGUGCAUAAUCACAAAUGAAUAAGAUAAAUUCAACAAGAUUUACAUAUUUUAAGCUGAUGUGUGCUGAUACUAUAAUUAUAUUUCAUAGCAAACUCACAUAACACUAAAAAUGGUAAUAUUUUAGGUAGAGGCUUAUUGCAAAUAUUGGUACGAAAAGAUAUAAACACUUUUGAGUCAGUAUAAUAAAAUCUUGGGAUCAAAUAAAUUCAACUUUGUGUUCAUUAGCUUGCAUAAUAUAUGUUGAGACGCUGUGUCAUGAGACUAUUUGGGUCAAAAUGCUGUCAAAUUUGUAAACUGAUAAGUUUUAUAUAUAAAAAAAAUAGCCUUUUUAUGUAGAAAUAUUUACGAAAUUUUUAAAGAAAUUUUAAAUGUGUAUUUAUCAACUGGAUAGUAAUAAAACUGUUAAUUUUAAACUCUUGUGUCCUCAGUGUGAGAUCUAAGGACUCCAAAGGUGCUUACAGCUCUAUAGUCUAUGUGACUAUUGCUGUUUGUACUAACUGCAAUGGACAUGGACAAUGUACUAACAGCACACGUGACACUGAAUAUAGUGAUGG